CAAGCUUUUAAAAAUUUCCCUGGAUAUUAAGCUGAUGUGACUUUGGCCACAAGAAGUAUGCACGAUUAUGUAACAGUUGCCUGUGAGAAGAAGCUGGAAUUGCCGGCAGAGAAUCCCGUCCCUCUCGACUGGGCCUGAAGAGCUGAGCCAAGCUGGUCAGUAGACAAAGAAAAUCCAGCAUUGAAAAAGGCAAGUCCCUCGGCCACAAUGAGCUCUGAACACAAAGAAACUGACGUUGCAAAAACGGUUGUCAACGGGCUGAUCUCAAGCAGCAAUGGACAAGAAAAAGAAACCGAUCCCAGCAAAGUCUGUAGUGGAAAAGGAGCUGUGACCCUCCGGGCAUCUCCAGCCUACGAAGAAAAUCAGAAUAUCUCUUCGCCGCCAUGUCCUCAGGAUGUUGAGCAACAUGAAAGUCUGGAGCCAGAAAACCCAGAAACAGAUGAUUGGAGAUCGUCAUCGUCUAAYACCGAUGCCAAUGGGGAUGCCCAACCAUCUUCUCUGGCUGCCAAGGGUUAUAGGAGUGUGCGUCCAAACCUUUCCACAGACAACAAGCCACAGGAUGCCAGCAGCACUGCUCAGCCUGGAGUUAUAGUAGUCCCCCUCCUCCAGGUUAACCCAGACAGACAGCAGCAAGAAGGCAGCUCCAGCACUCCACCACCGCCUCUGGUUCCUUUCGGGCAAGGCUCCGUAUUCCCCGAGACUGUUUCUUCUGGCUCACCCUUGACUUUUCCGACUCUAGACGAUUUCAUUCCCCCACACCUCCAGAGGGGUCCCCACCAUAACCAAGCACCCUCCGUAUCUGGCACGUUACCCCCUGUUUACCCGAAACUGCCAUCCUUCUCAUCACCACCUUCACUUGUCCCUCCAGUCACGGGGGCUUUGCACAGGGGCUUGAAGCCUGAAAUCACUGGAGUCAUCUCACAUACAGACCCUGGUCCUGUGUUAAAUGAAGGUCCCCAGCCUAGCACUGGCACAGAGUAUUCAACCUCCUUCACAUCAAUCAACAAGCCUUCCUCUGCCUACCCCUCUACCACCAUUGUCAAUCCCACCAUUGUCCUUCUGCAACACAACCGAGAACAGCAAAAAAGGCUUAGUAGCCUGGCAGAUCCAGUGCCAGACAGAGCAGGUCUUGAUAAAGUAGAUUUGACACAUACCCAGGACAGACCAGUUCGGGAGACAGCUCCGAGUGAGAAAAGAGCAAUGGAGGAGAAGAGAAGAACUGUAAAGAGCCCUCAGCAUAUGCCUGAUACGUCUGUCGAUGACAUUGGCAUUCCACUAAGGAAUACAGAGAGAUCGAAGGACUGGUACAAGACAAUGUUCAAACAGAUCCACAAGCUAAACAGAGAUGAAGAUUCUGAUUCAUAUUCUCCUCGUUACUCCUAUUCUGAGGACACAAGAACCCAGCCUUCAGUUCCCCGUUCCCGGAGUGAGAUGGACAAUAUCGACUCAGAGAAGGUUUUUAAGAGGUCUGCUACUUUGCCACUGCCAGCCCGUACUUCAUCACUGAAAUCAACCCCAGAAAGGACUGACUGGGAGCCUCCUGACAAAAAGGUGGAUACUAGAAAAUAUCGUGCAGAGCCCAGGAGCAUUUAUGACUAUAAACCAGGAAAGUCGUCGGUUCUGAACAACGAAAAGAUGACUCGGGAUAUAAGCCCAGAAGAGAUAGAUUUAAAGAAUGAACCUUGGUAUAAAUUCUUUUCGGAAUUGGAGUUUGGGAAACCGCCUCCAAAAAAGAUUUGGGAUUAUACUCCUGGAGAUUGCUCUAUCCUUACUAGAGAGGAUAGAAAGACUGAUCUAGAAAAAGACCUCUACCUCUACCAGACUGAGUUAGAGGCAGAUUUAGAAAAAAUGGAGAAGCUUUAUAAAGCGCCAGAUAAAAAGCUACAGAAGAAUACAGCAGGUGUUGCUCCUUUGGAAACUUCCACAGACCGGUCUUCCUACUACCAAGCAGUGAAGCGAGAGGCAGAGUUCGCGCCAGGGGACCCGGCUGCCUUGGAGAAUGAAAGGCAGAUUUACAAGAGCGUGCUGGAAGGUGGAGAUAUCCCACUGCAGGGGCUGAGUGGUCUAAAGCGACCUCCUAGCUCUGCUUCCACGAAAGUGGAUCGUAAAGGUGGGAAUGCUCAUAUGACUGCACCCUCUUCAGUUAAUAGCCGAACCUUUAACGCUAGUCAUACCGGUAUGUUAGGUCACGCAUGUAAACAUAAGAAGCCCCUAUCAGCUGCAAAAGCCUGCAUUACUGAAAUCCUCCCUUCUAAAUUCAAACCCAAACUAGCAGUCCCAGCUGCUCUUGUGCAGGACAAGAAGGGUAUCUUGCUGUCUCAUGAGAAAGCUCAAAGCUGCGAAAACCUUCGUAGCUCCGUUGCCUUGUUUGAUAAUAAAAAAGCUUUCAUGGUAGACAUAGGGGAAGGCAUAGAAAACAUGCUGAUGAAGUCGAAGCAGGAGUAUGCCAUCAAAUCUGGCAGUACCAUGAGCCUGCAGGAAUAUGGCACCAACUCUGGGAAAGGCUACCUGUUCCCUGCCUCCAGGAAGAGUGGGAUGGAGUUUACCAUGCUGUAUAAAGACAUGCACCAGAUCAACAGGUCUAGGAUCCAUCUGGACACAGUCUCCUCCUGCAGCGUGAGGGAUAUCGCAUCCCAGUUUGAGAAUGAGGCCAAGGAUAGGACGGAGCACAGUCUCAGCCAGGGGAAUUCAGAGCAAAUUCCCAAGCACACAGUUUCCUCCCGUAUCAGUGCCUUUGAGCAGCUGAUCCAGAGAUCCCGGUCAAUGCCCUCGCUUGACUUUUCCAUUGGACAAGGCAAAUUUCCCAGUUCUCUUCAGUCUAAAACUUGUCUGAGUUCUGCCUACUCUGCAGAGUCUGUCCUGGAUUUGCCAAAACCCCUCCAAGAGGAGAAGGAUGCUGCCAGCUUGGCAGAUAAAUCCUCCCACUCCUGCAGCAACGUGGAGGACACAGCUUCCGAUGUCAGCGAUGCCCUCCCGAUGGACACACUUUCAGCUUGCACGGAUGAGAUAGAUCUCCUCUCAAAUGCUUCCAAUGACAGCGGCAGCAGCAGCAGCAACCUCAAUGGGCCUCAGAAAUACAAAAUCAACAGAUGCAAAGGCACAUGUCCAGCUUCCUACACCAGGUUCACUACCAUCCGAAGGCAUGAGCAGCAGCAGUCCUCCAGGAACACUGAUUCCAAAGGGGAUGUCUAUGGGGACAGACCCACGCUCCCCAGAAACGUCUACCUAAUGAGCCCUCUCCCCUUCCGCUUGAAAAAACCCUUCCACCACAAUUCCAGGAGGACUCCACCCCUGGACUGCCCGGGAAGCCCGUCCGCACCCAGCCCCGAGAGCCCAAAUGACCCCAUACAGCUGCAAGGCAGCCUAGGAGACAAGAGUCACUGCUCCCAGCACGGACCGUGCUUCAAAAGCAGACCUCUGGCCCCGAAGCGCCUGUCCUCCUUGGACGUUGUGGAGAAGCUUAGCCACUUCCCCACCGUGGGAUGUGGUCGAGAGCGCUUCCUGGGCCGGGCUGCUGCUCCUGACUGCUUUAACAAUGGCAACCCUCUUCCAUAUGCUCUCUAUCCCAGCUUGGACACAAACAACAACCCGCAAAGUGAACUUGGGACAUACCUAGGAGAUUCAGAAUCACCAAGGCAUUUUGCACCAGUCGAUUACAUGGAAACUCCAGAAGAAAUUAUUCGCAGACGUCAUGAUGAUAAAGAGAAACUUUUAGAGGACCAGAGACGGCUUAAACGUGAGCAAGAAGAAGCUGAUAUUGCAGCUAGAAGGCACACAGGGGUUAUUCCAACGCACCAUCAAUUUAUCACUAAUGAGCGAUUUGGGGACCUCCUAAAUAUAGACGAUACAGCAAAGAGGAAAUCUGGGUCAGAGAUGAGACCUGCUAGAGCCAAGUUUGACUUCAAAGCACAGACGCUAAAGGAGCUUCCUCUGCAAAAAGGAGAUAUUGUUUACAUCUACAAGCAGAUUGACCAGAACUGGUAUGAAGGUGAACACCAUGGCAGAGUUGGCAUCUUCCCACGAUCAUACAUAGAGCUACUUCCACCAGCUGAGAAAGCUCAACCCAAAAAGACAGCACCAUUGCAGGUGUUGGAAUAUGGAGAUGCUGUUGCGAAGUUCAAUUUCAAUGGGGAUACCCAAGUGGAAAUGUCCUUCAGAAAGGGUGAAAGAAUCACAUUGAUUCGACGUGUGGAUGAGAAUUGGUAUGAAGGAAAAAUCUCUGGUACCAAUCGCCAGGGCAUCUUCCCUGUCACUUAUGUGGAAGUGCUCAAACGGCCUGUGGUCAAGAAUGCCAUCGAUUAUCCUGACCCGCCAAUGUCCCUCUCCCCUAACCGCAGCAUGACRGCUUCGCCACAGGAAGCUGUUUGCAAUGAGAUCAUAAACAUUGCAGAAAAGUCUGUUCAUUACUGCAGUACUAUUUCUCAGCCUCUUGACUCUCGCCACAAGGUGACCUCUAAUGACCAUAAACCAUCUCUCAUCAUUUCUCAGCAACCUCAAGCACAGCAGCAAGGAGCCAGCCCUGACAGAAGUCAUACCCCGCGAGACAUAGUUAGCUACCAAGCCCUGUACAGCUACACUCCUCAGAACGACGAUGAGCUGGAGCUGCGGGACGGUGACAUUGUGGAUGUCAUGGAGAAGUGUGAUGAUGGCUGGUUUGUGGGUACAUCCAGGAGAACAAGACAGUUCGGCACCUUCCCAGGCAACUACGUGAAGCUUCUGUAUCUGUAACAAAGCAGUGAUCCCACAGUGACGAGGAUGGAGUCGUUUCCAGAUGGUGUUUUUAAAUAGCAAAGAAAGAGACAAUUUAUGAAUGUACUAGACAAGAGACGAGAGUGUUAGGAGGAUGUGGUUAUGUGGUACAGUACUGAGUUGAAUGUGUAGCCCUACUUCCACUGAUUCAGGGUGUGAUUUGUUUGAUUAAGAAGAGGCAAAGUUUCUAGUUUACAGUGCUGCCUUUGUGUAUUCCUCUCCCCUCCCCGGCAAGAGUCCUGGUGAUAAUCUUAAUUUGUAUGGAGUGUUUACCUCUGAGAAGGCUUCGGGGAAGCACCUGGUGCAGGUUUUGUUUGUGUGUUGRGUUGCAAUAGUGCGUGGGGGCAGCGUGGGCGCGCGGCGGCCGCCGUUCACUGAAGAGCUUCGGGAGGCCGCGCUUGCUGCCCGCCGAAGAAKCACUUCAUUCUGCCUUCCGCUGACACAGAAAACCCUCCCUUCGUGUCGUGCACCCUAAGACCCAGCACAGGCAGAGGACAGCUCGUGUGCUUAAACUGCAGAGUCUGUGUGAGAAAGGAGUUGGAGAUCCAUAGCUUAAUCCAUAGAGAUCAGCCAGAACAUAAUGCAACUAUGAAAAUUGCCUAGACCCUUCGUUCUCCUCAUUUCUGCAGGGUUUUCUUAUCUUCUUUUGUGCAGGGUGUGUGUGUGUGUGAGUGUAUUGUGUGCAUCAAAACAGUCAUGUGUUUUAAGGAGAGAUCAGCCCAGCUUUGACGUUUAUCUGCACAAAGAAUAGAGCCAAUAAACAGAACAUCCAUGAGAGCAAAUCCUGUUUAUAAGUCCUACGGCCGCUCACUUUCCCUGCUCCUCCUGCCCUGUUGCUGGCCCUACAUGAUUGCACRCGUUUGGAAGCAUUCUGGGAUUCUGGGAUCCUGCGUAUGGGAUGAAGAUGUCGCCUCCUUCCCGGCGUUGCGUCCUAGAGGCUCUGAUAGACCCAAGCCACAUGUCACUGAGGGUGCCUUUUAUUUCUUUGGGUUACAGUGUUGAUGGUAAGUCUCAAAUAAAUAUAUGCAUUUUGGCUGCCUCUUAGUCAAACAAGAAAGCCUAAUCAAUUUGGAAAGCUGUGUUUCCACAGGUAUUACCAGCUACAUAUAUUUGUAUUUCCUUGAGGAAAAAAAAGAAAGGCUUGCCUGUAUGCUUGCCUGUAAAUCCAGGACAAAUACUCUUUUGAUAGAUGUUUUAUUAUUAAGAAAAAAAGCAUAAACAAAACCAGUUGCAUCAGACUCUGCUUCCUAUAGUUACCAUAAAAAUAGCAAAGGGUUAGAUUGCUAUUUUGUCAUAAGUCGUAUUUAAUAAUAUAAAAUGCCUAUUUUUAUGCUGAUGCUUUUAUACAGAUUUAGUAAGUGUAACUGCAACUAACUGUUAGCACGACCUGCAAUACGUUUUGAUAAAUUUAGCCAUUCCCCUGGGUUUAAAAUCAAACAGGCUUGUCUUCUGCCUAGGUAAGCAGAAGAGAAGACUCGGUGUCUCAGAAGUUUGACUGUAAAUAUGUAUAUUUAACUUUGUACAGACAAUGUACUUACCUUGUAUAGAAAAAUAAUUUAAACACAUUAAAUGAAGGGAGAAGGAAAAAAAAAGGCAGUUAUGAAAGGUUGGGAUUUUUCCCCUUUUAUUUAAAUGAUGGRAUUCCUUGUAUGUUCACAUGAAGUGUUUUAGCACAAAAUAUCCACUAUGAAAGGUUACAAAUAUGACACAAAGCACCAUUGUUUCUUUCUGCAGGAGAUGACUUGAAUCCUGCUUCUUACUUAUGGGUUUGUUUUUCUGCUUGGGGUUUGCCCUCCAGCUACCUGCCUCAAUAUUUAGGCCUCUUGCUAAGAUUGGGUAACAC